AUGCAAAAAGGAACGAACCAGAGGGAGAAUUUAGAUGGCGCAGGCUGGCCUCUCGUGGCUGUGGCCAUUGACAAGGACAAGAAUAGCCAGAGUGCUUUCCGAUGGGCUUUGGACAAUAUCGUUGUUAGAGGACAGACCCUCAUCAUCAUCCAUGUCAACACCAAAUCAUCGCGUACGCUCUAUCUCCGAUCUUCGUUCCAUCUUUUAUAUUCUACGACAAACAGUGCCCUGAGGGAAAUCUUCGUCCCGUUUCGAUGUUUUUGCUCAAGAAAAGAUGUUCAUUGCAAAGACAUCGUGCUCGAGGACGCCGAUGUCGCCAAAGCAAUCGUUGAGUUUGUUUCGCAGUCUUCAAUAGAGAAGCUAGUGAUCGGUGCGUCGCCUAAAGGUGGAUUCUACAGAUCAUUUAGGAGCACAGACCUGAGUACAAACAUCAGCAAAGCUGUGCCUGAUUUCUGUACAGUGAUUGUCGUCUCGAAAGGGAAGGUCUCCUCGGCGAGGAGUGCUGUUAGGUCAGCUCCACCACCUCUCCGGCCGCAAAUCUCCAUCCAAGCAGCUCCUAAACCUGAAAUCCCAAACAAUAUCCCUAAAAAUGUCAUCAAAGUGCAAAAUGAGCCUGCAGCAUUGGCUCCUCAAUGGAACUUGCAUAAAGAAACUGAAUCGAUAAAGUCACCUUUCACCAGAGGAGGGAAUAUUUCUUCAACAAAAUCAUAUGGAGAAGUGAUGCUAGAGAGUGACAUAUCGUUUGUGAGCAACGGGAGGCCGAGCUUCGAAAGAAACUACCCUCCGAGAUCUUCAAAUGUUUCAGACAUCAUGAAUUAUAGCUUCGAGUCUCCGCGCAAGUCUGUAGGUGUUCACUCCUCGUUCGACGAUGGCUACUCUUCAAUCUCCUCCGAGAAUGCGCCGUCCAAUUCUCAGUUAAUCAUGGAUGAAGAAAUGGCAGAGAUCAGACGAUUGAGAAUGGAGCUGAAGCAGACGAUGGACAUGUACAACUCGGCCUGCAAAGAAGCGAUCACUGCGAAGCAGAAGGCAAAGGAGCUUCAGCGUUGGAAGAUGGAGGAGGAGCAUAGGAUCAGAGAAGCUCGGAUGGCAGAGGAGGUAGCUAUGGCUAUGGCGGAGGCGGAGAAGGCCAAGUGCGUGGCGGCGGUGCGGACCGCAGAAGCGUCUAAGAGGAUCGCGGAAUCCGAGGCGCAGAAGCGGAUCAACGCCGAGAAGAAGAGCAGCGCUUUCGAUCACACGACGUUGAGGUAUCGCCGGUACACGAUCGAGGAGAUCGAAGUGGCCACAGAGUAUUUCGCGGAGAGCAGGAAGAUCGGAGAAGGCGGGUACGGGCCGGUCUACAGGUGCACGCUGGACCACACGGCGGUGGCCGUGAAGGUUCUCCGGCCGGACGCGGCGCAGGGGAGGUCGCAGUUCCAGCAGGAAGUCGAGAUCUUGUGCUGCAUCCGCCACCCGAAUAUGGUUCUGUUGCUGGGGGCUUGCCCGGAGUACGGCUGCUUGGUGUACGAGUACAUGGCGAACGGGAGCUUGGACGACCGGCUUUUCCGGCGAGGGAACACUACGGCGAUCCCCUGGCAGCACCGGUUCCGGAUCGCAGCCGAGAUCGGCACGGGCCUGCUGUUCCUGCACCAGACGAAGCCGGAGCCGCUGGUGCACCGGGACCUGAAGCCGGCGAACAUCCUGCUCGACCGGAAUUACGUGAGCAAGAUCGGCGACGUGGGGCUGGCGCGGCUGGUGCCGCCGUCGGUGGCGGACACCGUGACGCAGUACCGGAUGACGGCGACGGCGGGUACGUUCUGCUACAUCGACCCGGAGUACCAGCAGACGGGCAUGCUGGGGAUCAAGUCCGACGUGUACUCCUUCGGGAUCUUGCUGCUGCAGCUCGUGACCGGGAGGCCGGCGAUGGGUCUGACCCACUACGUGGACAGGGCCAUCGAGAAGGGAACCUUCGAGGAGAUGCUGGACCCGGCGGUCGGCGACUGGCCGGUGCCGGAGGCGAUGUCCCUAGCCAAGAUGGCGUUGAAUUGCGCCGAGUUGCGGAGGAAGGACCGGCCCGAUCUAGUGACGGUAGUCCUGCCGGAACUCAACCGGCUGAGGGACAUGGCCGACGACAACAUCCAGUCUUGUUUCUUCAGGACAACGACUCCAUCGUUCCAAACUCAAGUCUCCACACGAGUAAUUACAAUUACAAUUAUAAUUUAAUUAAAUAAUAAUAAAUUAUUACUAUCAAAAAUUUUGACUGGAUGUAGGACAUCAUGAGCGGGCCUUCACCUCAGCAAUAUGAAUACGAUAGCUCAAGGAGCUCGUUUAGUGGAGGAGCCAUGGGUUGAAGGAUCGAGGUAAUUAACCAACUAAUUAAUUAAUUAAUUAAUUUAAAGGGG